GACCGGCAUGUUAAUAGUUUCGAGGAGGCAGAAGUAGAAACCGCUCGCUCUUCUCUACCAAAAACUUUUUCUUCUUCCUCUUUCUUCGAUGUCUCUCAUCAGUUACCAAUCACAAUCUCUUGCUUUAAAUUGAUCCUUCUUUCUCUGUGUAAUUCUCCACUGAAUUCAACUUUAGUUCGUCUCUUUCCUUCUGGGUUUCUCUGCAAUUCCAAUUCUGGGCAUGUAAUUCGAAGAUUUUUCCCUCUUUAGUUUUCAAUCUUCUUUUGUCAAAGUUGAAGACUUUGUUCGUUUUGAAUCUGUCCGCUAGUAGAAUCUUCUUCUUUGAAUCGCUUUCAUAUCUCUGCUUUACGGGUUUUCACACUUUUGCCAGCAAUGUCUAAGCUUCCAAGCACAUGCCUUUGACUAACUUUUCCCGGUAAAGGAUUUGCUUUUACUUCUUUUUUCCUGGCACGAGAAAAUGGGCUCAACUGAUGAGGUUGAGAAAUCUAAGACUAGGGUUUCAUGUCCUCCUGCUCUCUCAACAUCUCAUAAGAUUCUUAUCAGUGAAGAGAAACCUAGGAGAUGGUCGGAGAGUUCGUUGCCUGAUGUCUCUAAUAGGAUUAAGCUUUUGAAAUUUGGUUCCGCUUCUGCUAGAUUCAAGAGAAUGGCAGAGGAAAGAGAUGAGGUUUCACGCUCUGUUAACAGCUCAAGCAGCCACAAUUUCCGGGAAAGAAUCAGUGUGGUGUUUUCCCGGAAAAUUGAGUGGGCUUGCUUGAUGAAAAUGGGUAAGCAAUGGCUACAAAACCCGUUGAACAUGGUUCUUUUCUUGUGGAUACUUGUGGUUGCUGUCUCUGGUGCGAUUCUGUUCAUGGUUAUGACCGGCAUGUUGAACCAUGCUUUGCCCAAGAAAUCACAGAGAGAUGUUUGGUUUGAAGUUAACAAUCAAAUCCUCAACGCUAUGUUUACUCUCAUGUGUUUGUAUCAACACCCGAAACGGUUUUACCACCUUGUGCUUCUCUGUAGAUGGAGGCAAGACGAUGUUACAACGCUUAGGAAGAUUUACUGCGAGAACGGGACUUACAAGCCAAACGAAUGGAUCCACAUGAUGGUUGUUGUUCUUUUGCUUCACUUGAACUGUUUUGCUCAGUAUGCGCUUUGCGGUCUUAACUUAGGGUAUAGAAGAUCCGAGAGACCUGCAAUUGGUGUAGCUAUAUGUAUAUCUAUUGCAAUAGCAGCUCCUGCGAGUGCGGGUUUGUACACUAUUCUUAGUCCACUUGGGAAAGAUUAUGAUCCUCAAGGAGAUGAGGAGAAUCAAGUGGAGCCUGUGGAAGAAGGAUCCGUUACUAAUCACAAGUUAUCUCUUGAAAGGAGAUAUUCAUUUGCUUCUGCAGAUGUGAGUAAUCCUGAAUGGAGAGGUGGAGUUCUUGAUAUAUGGGAAGAUAUUUCAUUGGCUUAUCUCUCUCUGUUCUGCACUUUCUGUGUGUUUGGUUGGAACAUGGAGAGGAUUGGGUUUGGGAACAUGUAUGUGCACAUUGCGACUUUUAUUCUCUUCUGUUUGGCUCCUUUCUUUAUAUUCAACUUGGCUGCUAUAAACAUCGAUAACGAGAUGGUAAGGGAAGCACUUGGAUAUACCGGAAUUGUGCUUUGCUUGUUUGGUUUGCUCUAUGGUGGUUUUUGGAGAAUACAGAUGAGGAAAAGAUUCAAGUUGCCGGGCUAUAACUUCUGUUGCGGGAGACCUGCGAUUGCUGAUUGUACACUCUGGUUAUUCUGUUGCUGGUGCUCUUUAGCUCAAGAAGUCCGGACCGCGAAUUCUUAUGAAAUAGUGGAGGAUAAAUUCUGCAAAAGAAGUGAAGAAAAUAGUAAGAUUGAUGAUGAGGUUGUGGUAUCUUCAUUGCCUCGUGAUGACGGUGUGUUUGAUCCGAGUUGCUCGCCUAAGAAGAUGACCACGGCGAUAGCUAGCUCGUCUCUUAGCCCGAGCAGACAGAAAUAUGAAACUUGCUUGGGAGAUAAAAGUGAUGAAGCUCUAAGUCCACCUUCUCCUCCAUUCAUACACAGAAGCUAGUUAGAACUUAGAACUAACAGUUAUUAAUCAAAGUUUGUUUCAAAAAAUUUCAGGUUUAGAAAAAUAUUAAACAAUGUAAAACCAGAUCUACUAUGGAUCUGUUUAUACGGUUCAGGUAUAUCUAUAUUUAAUUGGAACUAAAGUUUAAAUUCGUCUUGGAGUUUAUGAAAUUCACGAAUUAUAAACCAUGUAAAACAA